GUGGGUGCGGGGAGUGGAAUUUUGGAACCAAAUGUAGCUCCGAGAAGUACAGUAGUAAGAGUAACAUUGUAGCCGCCGCCGGCCGAGGGGGCGCGCCGGGACGGGGACGCCGCACCCCCUUUCUGCCGCAGGGAUCCCCGAUCAAGCCCCCACAAGGAGGAGGCGCCCGAGGACCCGCCCCGGCCCGGUCCACGUUCCCCCCAGGAAGCCGGACUCUAUGGGGCGGGACCCUGGGGGAGACUGAGCAGAAGCUGGAGCCAGCCCCGAACCCCUGAACCUCGAAGCAGGGGCGCCCCGGGAGCAGCCACCCGGUGGGCGCGCCGCCCGCCCGCCCAGCAGCCAUGAGCGAGACCGUGGUCUGCUCCAGCCGGGCCACUGUGAUGCUCUAUGAUGACAGCAACAAGCGGUGGCUGCCCGCCGGCACGGGCCCCCAGGCCUUCAGCCGCGUCCAGAUCUACCACAACCCCACGGCCAACUCCUUCCGGGUGGUCGGCCGGAAGAUGCAGCCAGACCAGCAGGUGGUCAUCAACUGUGCCAUCAUCCGGGGUGUCAAGUACAACCAGGCCACCCCCAACUUCCAUCAGUGGCGCGAUGCCCGGCAAGUCUGGGGCCUCAACUUUGGCAGCAAGGAGGAUGCGGCCCAGUUCGCUGCUGGCAUGGCCAGUGCCCUAGAGGCCCUGGAAGGAGGUGGGCCUCUGCCACCUGCCCCUCCCACCUGGCCUGUCCAGAACGGCCCCUCCCCGGAGGAGGUGGAGCAGCAGAAAAGGCAGCAGCCGGGGCAGCCGGAGCAAGUGGAGCGUGAGCGCCGGGUCUCCAAUGCAGGUGAUUACCCCUCCCCAAGUGGUGGGGGACCACCUCCACCUCCAGGACCUCCUCCUCCCCCGGGGCCCCCUCCACCUCCAGGUCUGCCCUCCUCGGGAGCCCCAGCUGCAGGCCAUGCAGCAGGGGGAGGUCCACCCCCUGCACCCCCUCUCCCCACAGCACAAGGCCCCAGUGCGGGAGGGGCUGGAGCCCCUGGCCUGGCCGCCGCCAUUGCUGGAGCCAAACUCAGGAAAGUUAGCAAGGAGGAGGCCUCAGGAGGGCCCUCAGCCCCCAAAGCUGAGAGCAGUCGAAGCACUGGGGGGGGGCUCAUGGAAGAGAUGAACGCCAUGCUGGCCCGGAGAAGGAAAGCCACACAGGUCGGGGAGAAACCCCCCAAGGAUGAGUCUGCCAAUCAGGAGGAGCCAGAGGCCAGAGUCCCAGUGCAGAGUGAAUCUGUGCGGAGACCCUGGGAGAAGAACAGCACAACUUUGCCAAGGAUGAAGUCCUCUUCAGUGACCACUUCCGAGGCCCACCCCUCUACGCCAAGCUCCAAUGAUGAGUCAGACCUGGAGAGGGUGAAGCAGGAGCUUCUGGAAGAGGUGAGGAAGGAAUUGCAGAAAAUGAAAGAGGAAAUAAUUGAAGCCUUUGUCCAAGAGUUGAGGAAGCGGGGCGCCCCCUGACCACAGGGUCCUGGAAGAUCCCGUUUCUCCUUUCUGCACCCGGCCUGUCACCCUGCUUUCCCUGCUUCCACUUGACUUGGAAUUGGCUGAAGACAGCACCGGAAUACAGGAAUGCAUCUUUCCCACUCCCCAUCCCACUUGGAAAAUGCCAGGGGGUGUGGCUUCCCUGGCACCAGGCCUACACCCAUAUUGGCUGCUGAUUGGCUGGGGAGGCCCCCACCCUGUGCUCCCUUUGGUGUCCCCCCCCCUACCAUCCCCUUGGGGCUGGUUCCUCUGCUGGGGAUGUACCAAUUAACCCCACAGUAAGGGGGAAGAAAGGAGGGAAUUUCUCAUUCCCUUGUUCUAGAUUCACUUUAACGCUUAUGCCUUCGAUUUUUUUUUUUUUUUUAAGAAAAUAUAUAUAUAUAUAUUUGGGUUUGGGGGGGAAAGGGAAAUUUUUUUCCUCUUUG